AUGGAGGCGGCUGAGGAUCUGGCGGACGGCUUGGCACGGCUGCGGCUCAGCAAGCAAGAAGCGGGCGACACCAAUAGAAAGGCAUACACCAGAAAGAGCAGGAAACGAGACGCGGAAAAGAGCAAUAAUCUCUACAAAUUCCGUCAAGAAUAUGAGCGCAGGUUGGCUGCCGCGUUCGGCAAGGGCUCCAGUGAAGAGAUCCUAGUCACCAAAUUCAACAUCCCCAUCCACAGGCGGGACAUACGACUGCUGCAGCCCGAGGAGUGGCUCAACGACGAGGUCAUCAACUACUACAUGAACCUCCUGCAGGAGCACUGCGAUCGUCGAUACAACGAGUGGCAGGCUUCCAAGACUGCACCCUCGCCGCCCAGGCGCAAGGCCAAGACAAAAGCCCAACAGCGAAUGCGCAUACAACAGCAAUCCGCGCGAACCAAGAAGAGCGUAGCAGGUACCCACAACCACGAUCGAGACCAACAUCACGAAGGCGACGACGACGACGACAACGACAAAGCAGAAGAGAAGCGAGAGGAAGAGAAGAAGGCGGAGACGGAGGUGAAGGAGACGGAGGAGAGGCCGCUUCGAUGCCACUUCUUCAACACGUUCUUCUACCCGCUGCUGGCGAAGGGCGGCCACGCGCGGGUGGCGCGCUGGACCCGCCGCGUGGACCUGAUGGCGAUGGACCUCGUCGUCGUGCCGGUCCACACCCACGGCAUCCACUGGACGCUGGCCACCGCCGCGCCCGCCGCCGGCACCAUCGCCCACUACGACUCCAUCCACCAGCCCAACCCGACCUGCUUCGACCGACUUCGCGCCUACUUCCUCCAAGAAGAGAAAGAGAAGAGAGAAGCGAAGAAGAAAGAGAAAAGCGAAGAGAAGAAGAAAGAAGAGCGACAAGACGGUGGCGAUGAUGGUGAGGAAGGCGAUGAUGGUGAAGAGGAGGAGGAGGAGAGGAGGUGGUGUAUGGGGAACCGGGCGGAGGAGUGCCCGAGGCAGACGAACGGCUCGGACUGCGGGGUGUUCGCGUGCAUGAUCGCGCGAUCGUGCGCGCUCGGGCUGCCGGUGUCGCGCGUCCACCAGCGCGACAUGCCGCACUACCGCCGGCUGAUGGCCCUCGAGAUCCUCAACGGCGCCAUCAUCCCUUCUCCUCCCUCAUCACCGCCAUCCUCACCACGACCAACGGCCAACGUUGACAUCGGGACAUCAUCAUCAUCAUCAUGA